CAAUAGCCGACAUUUUCAAAAAAUUAAAAAAAUAAAAGAGGAAAAAUAAAACUCUUCUCAGAACUUACAAAAUCGUUUUUAAGCCAGUAAAGCCAAGACGAUCGGUAGCAGAAAUCAUUUUUAACGAGAUUUCCUUGGCCAGUGUUGAAUACAUCAUUUUUCAGCCAUGGGGAAUAUGUUUCAGUCCCUCUUCAGAGGCUUGUUUGGUAAAAAAGAAAUGCGAAUUCUUAUGGUGGGUCUCGAUGCUGCCGGAAAGACAACAAUUUUGUACAAACUUAAACUUGGUGAAAUUGUAACCACUAUUCCCACUAUAGGUUUUAAUGUAGAAACUGUAGAAUACAAGAACAUUAGCUUCACAGUGUGGGAUGUAGGUGGUCAGGACAAAAUAAGACCUCUAUGGCGUCACUACUUCCAGAACACACAAGGGCUGAUCUUUGUGGUGGACAGUAAUGACAGAGAGAGAGUAAAUGAAGCCAGAGAAGAGUUAAUGCGAAUGCUGGCAGAAGACGAGCUUAGAGAUGCUGUCCUCUUGGUAUUUGCUAACAAGCAGGACCUUCCAAAUGCAAUGAAUGCAGCAGAAAUUACAGACAAGCUUGGACUACACUCUCUUCGUCACAGGAACUGGUACAUCCAGGCAACAUGUGCCACCAGUGGGGAUGGUCUAUAUGAAGGACUAGACUGGUUAUCCAAUCAGCUUCGAAGCCAGAAAUAACUUUCCCACUCCUACCUUUAUCUCCCUGUUUCCUUCCCCCUUUUCCUGCUUUAUUCUCUGAUGUGGCAAACUGCUACUUUGUUGUAUUGAGUGCUGGAAGCUGACCUCAUUUCAAUUCUCCUUGUCACAAUAUGUAUCAAGCCACACUUUUUAGUUGUGGGGGGGAGACAAGUUUGAAAGCAAAGUAAGGUUUCUUAUUUAAUGUAAAUAGUCCUUUUUUGUAAUGAGACAGUUUCUGGCACUACUAUGCAAUAUUUACUCAGCCUGCUGUUUUUUUUUUUAUUUUGGUAUAACUUUUGACUAACAUACAUGUAUGUAGUAUUGGAAAAGGGAUUCAAGAUACAUUUGCUCAAGCGCCCAAUACAUAUUUCUCAUGGUUGUGCAAUGCAGCCCUGUUGCCACCACCUGGUGUGUGAUGUCUGUGAGGAGAUUUUUAAUUGGAUGUUGGUUUUUAACCUAAAGUACUGUAUGACUGUUGCGGUCUUGUAUUUUAUCAAACACAAACAUAAGGAGCCAGCAUAAAUGCACAGAUGUACUACUCAAAACAAGAGAUUUGUUACAUUUAAGUUUUCUAAUAAUUAGUCAUGUUUUGCAUUUGUAAAUUAUAUGAAAUACCUGGCAUUCCCUGACUUGUGUUGUGUAGUUACUAUGUAAUAAUUUGACUCCAGUCUGUAACACCAAUGCCAUGAAGGAGAUAGUGUCAAGCUAAAGGCAGCUUAGACAUUACUUUUACUGAUGUGCAAUUUUUAGACUGAAGAAAGGGGCUUGCACUUGCAUGUUUAUUCACCCUUUACCAUACAGUAUAAGGUCAAAUUGAACAUAGACAUGGUGGAUAAAGAAAGUAAUUAAUUGUUAAGUGUAGGAAUUUAAUGUAGUUUAGCCCCCAAAUGUAGUUGGUACACACCACUCCAGAGGAAAUGCUUUACCAGCAGGCCACACAGCUUACACUGGUCCUGGCUCUAUUCUGCAAGAGACAAUAGUACUGUACCUCGGUUACUGGAUAACAUGUGGUUAAAUAAAACCUGACACCUUUUAUAAAAAGUGUAGGAAUAAAAGAAAGCAUGUUUGCAAGUCAUUCCAUUGUAGUCUUAUGCAAAACAUUAUAACCCUAACCCUGUGUCUUCAUUAAAAUGUGGUUGAGUUGACAUUGUUCAUGCUGCAAGGUCAGAUUUGCCAUCUCAAAGGCCUCUUUGUUUUUUUUCUUUUCUCUUGAUCAACACUGAAGAUAAAUUGUCUGAAAUUAGUGUGGGUCUAGAUCAGCGGGUUUGUUUCAUGGUUUGUCUUUUUGUUUUCUUUAAUUGCAUAAAUACUAAUCAUUUUUUAUGUAUACUUGUUUAAGUUUUCAUUCUGACAGACAAGCACUGUAAUUAAAGCUAUUAGAAUAAAAUA